GGGAAAAAACUCGCGAUCUGUCUGAUGUAAUUCUGCGGUGCAGAUAAGGAUGAUGACAAGAAAUAAACGGACCCAUUUCCUCGCAUGGCCGUAUUGCUCAAAAUGGAAUCCCAACACCGUAACUCUUCCGAGACAUUAAACGCUUAACCAAAUUCAAACGAUCGCAGUUCGUAGCCCUUAUGGCUGGAUCUUCGCUGGAGAAUCUGAUUCUGGUGACCCGCGAGCCAGGCGGGAUCGCCCACGUGACGAUCAACCGGCCGGCGGCGCUGAACUCGCUGACGAGGGCGAUGAUGGCGGACAUGGCGAGGGCGUUCAAGAGCCUGGAUGGCGACGACCCGGUGAAGGUGAUCGUGCUGUCCGGGUCGGGUCGGUCCUUCUGCUCGGGCGUGGAUCUGACGACGGCGGAGGAGGUCUUCAAGGGGGACGUGAAGGACUUGGAGGCCGACCCGGUGGCCCAGAUGGAACUCUGCCGGAAACCCAUAAUCGGUGCCAUUGCUGGAUUCGCCGUCACUGGCGGGUUUGAGAUUGCCCUCGCUUGCGAUGUAUUGGUUGCCGCAAAAGGAGCCAAGUUCAUCGACACCCAUGUCAGGUUCGGAAUAUUUCCUUCAUGGGGUCUUUCUCAGAAGCUUUCGCGGAUUAUAGGAGCCAACAGAGCUCGAGAAGUGUCUCUAACUUCCAUGCCUGUAACUGCAGAACAAGCUGAGAAGUGGGGCUUGGUGAAUUAUGUUGUUGAAGGAAGUGAAUUGUUGAAAAAAGCCCGAGAAGUUGCAGAGGCCAUAAUGAAAAAUAAUCAAGACUUGGUUUUGAGGUAUAAGUCAAUUAUAAACGACGGCCUCAAGCUAGACCUGGGUCAUGCCCUCACACUAGAAAAGGAGAGGGGGCAUGAGUACUACAAUGGAAUGACGAAGGAGCAGUUCAAGAAAAUGCAGGAAUUCUUAGCUGCUCGAAGAAGCUCGAGCAAGCCUUCUGCCAAGUUGUAAAUUACCCAUUAACUUUUUCAUUCAACUUUUGGUGUGAAAUUUCAAAAAACCCAAGUUAUGGGGAUAGUUGCUCAAUAAAUUUACCUUGCUUGUUCAUAAUAAAGAUGAUGAUGAGUUCGUUA